AAUGGCUAGUAGUGAAACUGAACAAGAACGAAUAAAAGAAGGUCUUGCCGAAGUUUUCACGACAUCAUCUACUUUUUAUAAUCCAGUUCAACAAUUCAAUCGUGAUACAACUGUAACUGUGAUAAAUGGAUAUAUAAAAAAUCAGAAAGGUUCUAAAAUACGUGUAUUGGAAGCUUUGGCAGCAUCCGGAUUAAGAUCAAUACGGUUUGCUAAAGAGAUUCCAGGAAUUUCAGAGAUUGUGUGUAAUGACUUCAGUACAGAAGCGGUUGAGUGUAUUAAAAAAAAUAUAGAAUUAAAUGGUGUUCAAGAUAUUGUAAAACCCAAUUGUGAAGAUGCUAUGCUACUCAUGCAAAAAUGCAAAAAAAGAGAAUUGCAAUUUGAUAUAGUGGAUUUAGAUCCAUACGGAUGCGCUGGUCCUUUUCUCGAUGGAGCAGUUCAAUGUAUUAAAAACGGAGGCCUAUUAGCAGUUACAUGUACGGAUUUGGCUAUUUUAUGUGGUAAUGCUUUCGAGAGUUGUCAUGCAAAGUACGGAUCAGUUUCACUGAAAUCGAAAGCUUGUCAUGAACUAGCUCUUAGAAUUGUAUUAAGAUCUAUUGAAUCGGCUGCGAAUCGUUAUGGGCGUUACAUUGAACCUUUAAUCAGUAUAUCAGUGGAUUUUUAUGUUAGAAUAUUUGUUAAAGUUCACUACGGAAUGCAACAAGCUAAAAAAAGCGUUUGUAAACUAUCUAUGAUAUAUCAGUGUUCUGGUUGUUCGUCUUUACAUUUUCAACCUAUGGCCACUCCGAAAACUGAGCAUACAUUUGCUUUUGCUAGAGGUCCACCUGUUGGGGAAACUUGUACCUUCUGUCUACAUAAAUUUCAUUUAGGCGGUCCUAUAUGGUCUGAUAGAAUUCAUAAUUUAGACUUCAUAAAUCAACUUCUAGUUGACUUGGCAGAUCUUAAGAAUCUUGGAACGAAAGAACGUAUUCAAGGCAUCUUCACUGUAAUUAAAGAGGAGCUGCAAGAUGUUCCUUUAUAUUAUGUGUUAGAUUCACUAGCUUCGACUAUAAGAUGUUCAGCUCCAUCACAAAAUGCUUUCCGAUCGGCCAUUUUAAAUGCUGGUUAUAAAGUUUCUUAUUCUCACGCUGAAAAAAACUCUGUUAAGACAAAUGCACCUAUGUCCUUGUUGUGGGACAUUUUUCGUUCAUGGGUGAAAAAAAAUCCAAUUAGCGAUAGACAUUUGACAGAUGGAAGUGUUGUGAAAGAGAUCCUAUCUAAGGAACCUCAAACUACUAUAGAAUUUGAUUUUCACGAUCAAGCCAUCCCCGAUUCAAAAAAGAAAGGGCUCCUCAGGUGGCAAAAAAACCCCCAACCCGAAUGGGGACCCAAAACACGAGCAAAAAAAACGAAUGAAACCCAAGCAGAGAAACGGGAGAGGAAUCAAGGAAAACGAAAAAAAAGAAAAUUGGAACAGUCGUGA